AUGUUCGAAGGAGCCAUACAGGCGCGAGCCGACGCGGAUGGCUUCUCGUCCUUAUUGCAAGAUAUCCCGCUUCAAGCUUUGCAGUCUGAGCUUGCGCGCCGUAUAGAGUCCAGGGCGUCUGGGGGUGAAGAAGAUGGAUCGACAUGUGGUUCCGAGAAAGCUGGAUACUACAACACGUCAGCUCACGUUUUUGCAUUAUUCCUCAUCCUUGUUCUCAGCACAUUAGCAUGCUCAUUCCCAAUUCUAGCGCGUCGAUUUCCCGGAUUACCUAUCCCGCGACACUUCCUCUUCUUCUCCAGACAUUUCGGCACCGGGGUCCUCAUAGCCACGGCAUUCGUCCAUUUACUUCCUACCGCUUUCAAUUCGUUGUUGAACUCAUGCCUACCGUCUUUUUGGACCCAUGGGUUCCCGGCAAUGGCCGGGUUUAUAGCUAUGUUGUCGGUGUUUUUGGUUGUCACAGUUGAGAUGUUCUUUGCCAGUCAGGGCGCGGCGCAUGUUCAUAGUAAAGAUUAUGAUGAACUCAUUGGAGGAAUUUCUUCGAGGGAUAAUAGGAAGGAGCCGAAACAUAGAGGGCGCGAGGAUUAUAUCCAUCUGUCGAAUCAGGAUCAAGCGGCGACAGAAAGUCUCAUUCAAUCCCCGACAUCUACAGGCCAGAGCGCCUCCGCAAGUAACGACGAUGAGCUUGAUAUGGAAGAACUGGGCUCCUAUGCAGAUGACGAACCAACCCCCAACCAACGACGCACCAAACACGUCCGUCAAGGAAGCGAGCCCGUCGCACAACUCCAAAACCCUCAAAGGCAGCUCCUCCAGUGCCUCCUGCUCGAAGCCGGCAUUCUCUUCCACAGCAUCUUCAUCGGCAUGGCCCUCAGCGUGGCCACGGGCACAUCUUUCAUUGUAUUGCUCGUGGCAAUAUCCUUCCACCAAACAUUCGAAGGCUUCGCACUUGGAUCGCGAAUCGCUUCUCUGAUUCCAAGCCUCUUCCCACCAUCGUCCUUUAAACCAUGGCUGAUGGCCUGCGCAUACGGCACGACAACACCAAUCGGUCAAGCCAUUGGCCUUGUUCUGCACAAUAUGUACGACCCAGCCAGCGCCACGGGACUCAUAAUGGUCGGAUUCACCAAUGCCAUUAGCAGCGGUCUGCUCCUCUUCGCGGGACUGGUGGAGUUGCUUGCAGAGGACUUUUUGAGUGAGGAGAGCUAUGAGACGCUCAAUGGGUGGCGGAGAGUGGAAGCUUGUCUUGCUGUCUUGGGCGGGGCUAUGCUCAUGUCGAUUGUUGGUGCUUUUGCUUAG